AUGAAAUGGCGCGAGUUAUCCGCCAAAUUCGACAGGGAAAAUGCGGACCAACAAUCCGCAGAGGAGGUCUCAUCCAUGCCACCCUUUAUGGUGGAAGAUGACAGUCAGCUGCUCAGCGACUCUUCCAUUUUCGCCAGUUCCGACAUCAUGAGAAACAUCGCCGCCUUCAAGGCCCCAGUGGACACUGCUAAUGUCAUGAACACGAACAUCUACAACAAUGACGAGGUUCUCACUGAUGUCGCGGCUUUCAUUGCCCACAACGACAAGGGAAAAGAGAACGCCAACCCCCUCACCGCUAUCAACGAAGAGACAGAGGAGGACCUUUGGCUGAGCCCCACUGUCUACGAGAGGCGCGAAACUGAGCAGAGAGCCUACGAAGCACUCGAGUCCAAGUUUAGCCGAUCCCGAGCCUCGCGCGCUUCACCUCUCCAAUCUUCAGCUACAUCAAAUGCCAACCCACUCAAGAGGAUCGAUAACAUCCUCACUACCUCGGCGCUUCGAACCCUGACUAUCAGCGAUGAAUCGAAGGCUGAGAUGCGAAACCUUCACCAGCAGGCGGAGGAAGCUCGCCUUGCCGAGAAACGAAAGUUGGAGGAGACGCAGAAAUCCCUCGAAGCAUCCCGGGAAUGGCACGCGAGGUUGUUUGUCAAGAAGGAGGCGAUGCUCAGAGCCUCCAAGGGUCCCCGAGAGAUCAUCCCCAAUCUCUCCGAGGAAUGGAUUCAGAGGGUCUCCAAGACCAUCAAAGAGCCUGACACCACCGUUCUCGCGACUACAUGCCAAGGCAUCCCCCUCCACCGACGCGAUUUCAUCACUGUUGUUGCAGCCAAGAGCUGGCUCAACGAUGAGAUUGUGAACGGCGCUCUCGCUGAACUCGACAAGCAGAUCAACCUCGCCAAUGGAGUUUUCCAGAAUGAAACAUUCACCAAGAAACGAAAAUGUCUCGCCUUGAACUCUUUUUUCUGGCCGAAGAUGAUGGAAACACGGGGCCGACAGUCACAGAGAUGGCUGAGGAAGGCCGGUGUGCUUCCCACAUCCUUCCUCGACUUGGACAUCGUUCUCAUUCCCAUCUGUGAAUCCUACCACUGGACGCUCUUGGCGCUCAAGCCCAGUGAGAGAACCGUGGUUCACAUGGACUCCUUCAACAGAUCCUCCACUCAUCCCGAGCUGGCCAUGGAAUGGAUGAAGGAUCUGCUUGGCAAGGACUACACCGAGCCAUGGACGGUCGAGCACAUCAUGUCUCCUCCUCAAACCAACAGUUACGACUGUGGUGUUCACACAAUCACCAACGCAAUGUGUCUGGCUCUCGGUCUUGACCCCAUGACGCACUAUAGCUCGCCACAACUCUCCCUUCAGCGGCUUCGAAUCGCCGGAAUGUUUCUGAAUGGAGGAUUUGAGGGAGAUUUCACCCUCUGGAGGGAAUGA